AAAAAUCCUGCAAAACCUGCUUCUAAGUUGGAAGAAGGUGAUAGAAUAAAGUAUGUUGGACCCAACGACACUUUCAUUAAGAUGAGUAAGAGAAGUAUACUGUCUAAAGGGCAGCGACGGGAGGUGCGUGAAAUUAAAGACGAAAAAUUAGCUAUUAUUUUCUAUGCAAGUGGUGAAAGUGAUGGGAAAAGCUCAGAACCACCAGUCCAUUGGCUUGCUUUACACACUGUUUGCCUCAUGUUAGAGGAAAUAUUUUUCCCCAAGCACGAGUUCCUGCAAAGCACAUCAAACAUGAUACAGAUGCUCAAACUCGUGAUUGUUAUCUUGCUAUGGAUGUGCUUUGUGAAACUUUCACCACCAUAUUGGCAGGUUCUGGAGUCUCACCCAUCAAUAAUUGUCUAUUUUCCGGAUCAUUUUAGCUGGUUGCCAGAGAGAUAUUACUGGAGCUUCUGGAAAGCACGUGAGAAGUUUUUUGGCAAGGUGAAAAAGAUGUUUAACCAAUUAACAGAACGUAAGGUUCUGAUUUACGGGCAAAACAAAUCGGUGCCUAGAUCAGAAGAACUUGAGUGUAUU